AUGUACAGUGCAAACGAAAUGGAGGAGUUAAAAACCCGUAAUCGCCAUGGAAUAAGAGAACUAUUAAGAAUCGCUUAUAUAGUGGGCGUGAAUUUAACUACUCAAACGUCGUAUAAGAAACGUUUGCUACUUAUCAAUGUUUUACUGAUAAUUGCAAGUUCCAUUGGGUUGUAUCCUCACUGGAUAUUGAUACAGAAAGCAGAAGGCAAUAUACCACUCAUAGCAGAGACAGCUACCACCGCAUUACAAACAACAACAAUUAUUGUUAGAAUGGUUUACUACCUCUUUGCCCAGCAUAAAUUUCAAAACUUGCUUCAUAAAGCUGAAACACAUGAAAUUCUUCAGAGUUGUGAAAUAUUCAAGACAGAUAUGCCCGUUACAAUCCAGUUGAAGCAAGAAAUUAAUGCAAUUAUGAGUACAGCUUGGCAAGAAACCAGAUGGCAACUUUUAUUAUGCAUAUCCAGUACUUGUUGUAUACUUAGUAACUAUUUCUUCAGUGCACUCCUCAAAAAUUUAUAUCAUCAAAUAAUGGGAACACCGGACUAUGUUUAUAUUUUGCCCUUUACCGGUUAUCCCAUGUUUCCGGACAUGGGCGUUUUUUGCUAUGCAAUGGAUAUGUUUUUCGGCGCUUGCUGCCUCAUUGUUGCUGGUAUGGCUGGCGUGUCUCUUCAUUGUCCUUUUUUGAUACUUUGCAAGAAUGCUUGUGGACUUGUGCGAAGCUUGAGCAUGCUUUUGGAGAGAUCCACCGCCCCACUGGUGCCGAAACAUAGACGUGAUGAGUAUUUGCGUUAUUGUGUAAUUCAACACCAACGCACGCUUGAUUUCAUCAAUGACAUCAAUCAGCUCUUUAAACACAUCAGUCUCUCACAAUUUCUACAUAGCCUAGUUAUUUAUGGCCUCGUGCUUUACGAAAUGAAUUUUGGUUUGGAAUCGAAUAAAGUAAUAUUUGUUCGCAUGAUUAUGUACAUUUGCGCUGCUCUUACCGGAGAUUGCAUAUACUACAUAAAUGGCCAGCAGUUAGCUACAGAGCUCGAAACUAUUCCGGUUGCCUGUUACAGAUGCGAAUGGUAUAAUGAGUCAGAGGAGUUUAAGAAAACUUUGCAGAUGAUUAUUAUGCGUUCCAAUAAAAGUUUUUUCUUUGAAAUAUCCUGGUUCGGAAUAAUGUCCUUGACUACAUUGCUGAGUAUUUCAAGAGCGAGUUUUUCAUACUUUGUACUUCUUCAAGAUAUUGAAGAAAAAUGAGCGAACAAAGGAGCAUACGAG